AUGGCGGCCGCUGGGGCGAUCCCCCCUGCGCUCUCGCCAGAGCAGCCGACCCUUGACCACGACGACAGCAACAUCUCCAGUCCGUUGAGCGACGUCGAGGACGGAGACGGCGACGAAGGCUCUCUCGAUGUCAUGAACAUACAUCACGAUACGCCUCGCCAGCACGACGACGACGAGGGCGAUGUGUCCGAGUCCGACAGCAAUCUCUCCGACGCCAACGACACCGAGGCCGAGACGGAGCGUCUCUUCGACACACCGCAAGCCCAGCGACACCGAGACGUCGUCGUCAAUGCAUUCAAUGACGGUCAGAUCUUUGAGCACACCCCAAGUAAGCUCCAGAAAACAUUUUCCGUCGACGACGAGGCCGACAAUAGCGAUAAUGAGUCGCUGUCCGACAACGACGACGUGUCCCUGGCAUCGAGCCCCGGCGACGGAUCCCCUUCCCCGACCAAACCUGCCAAGCCCGCCGUCACGUCGUUGGCAAGCCCUGUUCGAGAAUCAUCGGAGACGAAGAAGCGAAAACGGUCACUUCCCGUCGAUCAAUCCGACUCUGACCAACCUUUGAGAAAGCGCACGGGCUCGUUCGCCGCGCCAGACUUGGGCGAUGCUGCGCGCCGCGAAGAUGAUGAGGAUGAUCCUCUGUCGACGCACCCCAACAGCGGGAACCAAUCUGCCGACGAGGAAAUUCCAGUCCUGACCACCGAAGCCAAGACUGAGCCGUCUCGAGACAGCGCCAGCCCAGUCAAAGCGUCCAGCGUCACGCGGAAGCUCACGAGGAAUGGCAGCAAACACAAGACCGAGGACGGCGACGAUGACAAGAUCAAUGACGCCGAUAUUCACGAAGAAGGCACCGCCGACGAGGGCGUUGAGCCCCGUGUGGACGAGGAUGUAGCUGUUGCCGAGGUUGAAGACGAUGCCGACGCUGCCGCCAGAGACGAGGAAGAACGUAAGGCAACCUCUUGCAAUGGCAUGAACGAACGACAGCUAACGCCAUGCGCAGUUGAGAGGAAACAAGCCGCACUCGACGAGUGGAGUCAGCUCGAAGCCAGAUUUGUGCUCUUCCGCGAGAGGCUCUACAAGGAGCGCCUUGAGCGUUUGGAAGCCGAGGAGCAGUCUCUCCAGUCCGACAAUCCUACCCACCCUGAAUAUCUUCUCAUGAGGCAAUGUCUCGACGAGCGACUCGACAACAGGAUGCGCGAGGUCAACAGGGAACAUGAGCUCACAAUCCAAGCCCUCGACAGACUCUCCGUUGCACGCAGGGCGCAGAUCUGGGGUCAAUUCUACCAGGGUAUCCGGGAGAAGCGUGAGCAAUACCUGGAAUCGCUCAACCAGGAGUGGUACGAAACCCAGAACGCCAGGCGCAGCGCACAUAGCGUCCCCGAUUACAGCAUUCAAUUCCCCACGAUCCCUGCCCAGCGCACCAGGAAUGCUGUCGCAUACAACACUGAGGUGGCCUACCUCGCCGGCCUCGCCAAGCAUGAAGGCUUUCCCGCGGUUCCUGCGAUGCGAGGUGCAAGCGCUGCCGAAAUUGAUGACGAUCUGGAAGCUAUCAAGCGAGCCUCGCGUUCUCGCCAGAGAUCAAUUAUGCAGCCUCUUGAAGACUAUCAGGCCGUUUCAUUUGGAGGUACGCUCGGUCCGGCCGGCGAACAGUUUAUCAAGAACACGCCUUGGGCAAACCCCAACCACAUCUCCCACAAGAUGCAACAUGUGCCUCUUCACUCUGAGCCCGGUUCCAGCACCGCCAUGCCCUCGGCGCCGCCACAAGCUGGUCCCUCGCAUGUGGGCCAACACCACCACCACCAUCACCACCACCAUCAGCAGCAGCAACAUCUGCCGCCGCCGCCGCCCAACGGACAGGCAACAUCUCAGCAGUCACCAACACUAUCAGCCGUGUCUCCAGAGACGUUGCGAACGGCCAGCGUCCUCAGCCAGGGCGUCCACAUGAAGCAUGCGGGAAUGGGCGGUGUGGGCCGCGGAACCAAGGCAGUACAGGCACAGGAGCCGGCAUCGAAACAGGAUAUGCCCAUGGCUGUGGCAACCUAA